UGCCUAAAGCAACUUCAAAUACUCCUCUCUUGCUCUUUGGCCAGAGACAACCACUGCUGUCUCUGGGGUCCUGGCUUCCGCACCCUUGGGAGCCCGGAAUCGGAUUAUCCCCAGGCAGGGAGACGUCAGUAUCAGACCUAUCCCAACUUGGGAGGUUUCGCCAUGGGCUGUCCAGGAUACUCCGUCCUCCAUGUUCUCCUGGGCUUGGCUUGGGUACAGCUGGGAGUCACGCAAGCACAGAAAGGAUUCCACUGCUAUUUCUUCCCAGACUGUGGCAACUGCUACCAGCUCAGUCCAGGCGUCAUUGCAGGCGUGGUACUGGGAGAUCUGUUGCUGACUUUACUCAUUGCAUUGGCUGUUUACUAUGUGGCCGGCUGCAUCUACCAACGCCAAUCAACUAACAGUGCGGACUUGAAGAAACCUCCUCAAGAGUCCCAGUAUGAGGAACUUCAAGGGCACAGGAUGGAUAUAUACAGUGACCUAAAGAGUUCUGACCCUGGGACCAGUUAUAAAUAACCUUCCUCUUCCGUAUUGCUCUUUUGAGAUUUAAACCAGGAGCUUCUACAUGCAAGAUAUCUGUUCAGUCUCUUCUCCUCAGCAGACCUACCCUGAAGUGGGACUUUAAGGCAGGCUUUUAAACUGUGAACUUUCAUUUGAUCCUUCUCAAUAUAGAGCUUCCUCCAUAGAGAUCAUCUGCUCUCUUUUAUUGUGGGGUGUUUUAUUUUGCUUUCCCCACACGUAUCGACUGCAACCUAGUCAGAAUUGCCACCAGCUGCAACCCAAUGCAGAGUUCGGGGUGGGGGAGGACAUGUGAGUAGAGAUGGAAGGAUCUCUCCGUUUUGGUUCUGUUUCUCACUUUUUCAAUCUUAAAUUCAGUUCACAUUUCUAUAGCUAUUUGUGAUUUAAAAAAAAAACUCCUCACGUAAACUCUUCAGCGUAUUAGUGCGAAUUUCUCCUAAUCAAAACAUUUUUAUGGUUUCGAUUGAUGUACACAUUUUUGCAAGCAGUUUCUCCUUGCAAUGCAUUUUUGCAUGUUAUCUUCACAUAUUCCUUUUUAUACACGUGUUCCCCUAAUGUCUGCAUUUUUGUAAAAACUGGUUGGAGAAAUGCAUUGCAAAAUUCAGAUACAUGCAGAUUUCAAAGGAAGGCUGUGUUUCAGUUCUCAUCUUGUUUCAGAAAGUGAGAAGUUGAUAGAUUCGGACUCAAAUGUGAACUGAAUGGAAUUUCUCCCACAUCCCUGCAUGUCAGCCCAGUGUUCUUCAAUCAGGAGCCCCUUCUUCAAAUGUAAAAGCUCUGGCUGAUAGCCAAAUGGCACUGCAACCUGGGUGAUGCUGUACCAUGCAUGGGGGGGGGAGAGAAUUUUGAUUCAGUUCUCAUUUGAAGGCAAGCUUACCUAAUUUACAAUUUCCAAAAUAAAACACAAACCAAAACCCAGCCAUCCUUUGACAUUCAUGCUUCUCCAGAUUUUGCAGCGCAGUUCUCCAAUCAAGUCAUGUAUACUGAAAUGCAUAUACUAGAGUCAAGGGUGCAUAUAAAUACAUGUGUUAGUGAGAAUACCUACAAAAAUGCAUUAUAUUCAGGAAAAUUGCUUUGCAAAAGUGUGUAUAGAUGAGAGAAAAUUCACACGAAAAGACUGCUGAAUUUUCAAGAGGAUUUAAAAAACAAUAAUUUGCAAACUGAUGUGGAAGUCUGGAGAACUAAACUUAAGAAUAUAAAAAUGAGAAACUCAGGGAAACCAAAACUGACGUAUUAUUUGCCCAUCCCUAGUUAUGCAUGGCAUUGAUUGGAUCUAAGGCACAAGGCACAUGCACCCAAGAAAGAUGUGCCACACAGUUCCUAUUGCCCCAAGGACCAACAAUAUUUUUUUCUUAUGAUGUUCAGAUCUCUUUAGGGCACAGUCCAUUAAGACAUUCUUAUUCCACUGAAAUGAAUGGGAGCUGCACCAGGGAGCAUAGAGGAAAGUUGCCUUACUUUAGCUCAAGCUAUUUGUCCAUCUCUAGAGAGCCAGUGUGGUGUAGUGGUUAAGGUGUUGGACUAGGACCUGGGAGACCAGGGUUCGAGUCCCCACAUAGCCAUGAUGCUCACUGGGUGACCUUGGGCCAGUCACUGCCUCUCAGCCUCAGAGUGAGGCAACGGUAAACCCCCUCUGAAUAUCCCUUACCAUGAAAACCCUAUUCGUAGAGUCGCCAUAAGUCGGAAUCGACUUGAAGGCAGUCCAUCAUCAUCAUCAUUUGUCCAUCUAGUCUUGUAUUUGUCUCCUCUGACAGGCAGCAGCUCUCCAGGGUCUCAAGCAGAGGAUUUUGUCCCAUCAUCUGACACAUGAUCCUUCUUUUUAACUGGAGAUGCCAGGGAGUGGACCAGGGGGCUUCAGUCUGUAAAGCCAGUGAGACCUGGGAGACCAGGGGUCAAAUGCCCACAUAGCCUUGAAGCUCACUGGGUGACCUUGGGCCAGUCGCUGCCUCCCAGCCUCAGAGGAAGGCAAUGGUAAACCACCUCUGAAUACCCCUUACCAUGAAAACCCUAUUCAUAGGGUCGCCAUAAGUCGGGAUCAACUUGGAGGCCGUCCAUUUCCAUUCACCCUCUCUCACACACCAGAUUUGUCAGUUUCUUUAUGUAAGCCAUAUCCCAAACUUUGACUAACUGAAACUACAAUGGGUGAAAUGGUACUUUUCAAAUCCUGACAAAUUGUCAUUCUGGCUGCUCUUAACAAACGGAUUGUCAUUUAUUUAUUAUUUAUUUAUUAAAUUUAUAUCCCACCCUUCCCCCCAGAACUAGCCCAGGAUGGCAAAUACAAACGCAAAAAGCACUUUAAAACAUCUUAAAAGCAAAAGGCUUUAAAACGUAUUAAAACAAAACAUCUUUUAAAACAUCUUAAGAACAAAACAUCUUAAUAAAGCAAUUCCAGCACAGACGCAGACUGAAAUAAGGUCUCUACUUAAAAGGCUUGUUGAAAAAGAAAGGUCUUCAGUAGGUGCCUAAAAGGUAACAGAUAACAAAGAUGGUGCCAUGUCUAAAUCCUGUUCUGGUACAUGGACCUUGAGAUCUCUGAAUAGUAUUAUAGGGUCUCUAGGAAGAUCAUGUCAUUUUGUUUCUCACUUCUGUUAAUACAGAAUCCCCAAAAUUUUGAAUCAUUGGACAGGUCCACAUGAUAUGAAAUAUAUUUGCUCUGGAUGUUUUAUGUUUCCAGCAUUGGCCACUAAUUUCUGGAUAUAUUUUAUUUAAUUGAACUGGUGCCAUAUACCACCUGCUUAAUAAUUCAUUUAAAAUAUCCUUAAGAUGCACAGAGUAAAUCAAGAGACUUUUUCCCCCCAAUCCAGCUCUGUUUAUCUGCUGAAACUACAGUUGACAUUUCUAGUUUCCAUUUAACUUAGUAAUUAUGACCAGAGGGCUCUAAAACAGUUACUGUCUUAUAUAUCCCACCCAAGAGUCCUCUGACUGGGCUAAUGGAUGUAAUUAAUAUUUUAAAACCUGUACAGUCUCCUAAUGAACCAUGAAUCCAUAACAAUUUAGCUAAAUAUUUCUUUCAGUGCACAUUACAGGACUUUUGAGACUACUUCCUGAAACUGCUAUGUGUGACCCUCACACAUAGGGAUAGGGAAGAAAUUAAAUUCAGUUCACAUUUAUAGGCAAAUCAACCUAAUUUUCAUUUUUUGAAAUAAUACGUGAAUUAAACACAGCUAUCCUUCAAAAUUUACCAUUCUCUGAAUUUUGCAAUGCAGUAGUGUGUAAAAAAAUGCAUUAUAGGAGGGGAAACUGCUUUGUAAAAAUGUGUAUAUUAGGCAAAAUUGCAUACAAAGAUCCUUAUACUUAUGAGAAAUUUACACUAAAAUACUGAUGAAUUUUCAUGCUGGCUUGUUUUUUAAAAAACAUCGCAAAAGCCACAUUCACAGUGGUUCUUAAACUUGUUUUUCCCCAUGGACCACUUCAAAACUGCUGAUGGUCUUGGUGGACCACUUAGGCAACAUUCACACAAAACAUGAUUCCACUAUUAGUCCACUUUAAACAGUCAUGGCUUCCCCCAAAGAAUCCUGGGAAGUGUAGUUUGUGCUGAGUUGUUAGGAGACUCCUAUUCCUCUCACACAGCUACAAUCCCCAGAGUUCUCUGGGAAGAGGACUGCCUGUUAAACCACUCUGUCCACUGGAGCUCAGGAGAAAAGGAGCCUCCUAACAACUCUCAGCUCCCUUCACAAACUACGUUUCCCAG